AUUUAAUUUUCUGAGUUUCAUAAACCGAACCCUCUCUUUCCAGUUGCCACCACCACUGUCGCCGGAACUCUGGGCUCUACAGAGAGAGAGAGAUAUCAGAGAAUGAGACAUGGUGGGUCUGAGUGUAGUACUGGAAGCCCAAAAUGGUGGUGUUAGCAAGAAAACCCCACAGGUUAUCAACAAGACCGCCAUGUUGCUUACCAACAAGCCCUUAUCUCCUUCUGAUCUCUCCUCCUCCUCCUGUAAAAACCUCCAUUCUCUAAUUCCUCCAGGACCCACUUUUCUUGACCAGUGUUUUCUCUGCCACGAAAAGCUCUUGCCUGGAAAAGACAUCUACAUGUACAAAGGGGACAGGGCAUUUUGUAGCGUGGAGUGCAGGUGCAGACAGAUUUUUAUGGACGAGGAAGAGAGUCUUAGCAAAAAACACUGUUCAUUGGCUGCCAUGAAACCAACUUCUUUGUCGUCUUCGUCGUCGUCGUCUUCUUCUGCAUCUUCUUCUUCCUCCACUGCUCGUCGUCAACGCAAAGGGGCAAAAAACCGAGCAGGCGGGUUUGCGUACUGAGAGAGAGAGAGAGAGAGAGAGUAUUAUGAAAUUGAGAAAAUGGAUUUUUUUUCUUUGAAAGUGUAAUCCAGUGUUAACCUCCGCUGAUUUUGUAAUGGCAUUGAUAUCCUUUCUAUUUUUA